AAGUUCUGAUUGGUGGAAUCCGGAAUCAAGCGCUGUGGUGGCGCAGCCUUGGCACUGGGGGUGGGUUGGUGCUGCUGUAUUAAUGAUAGGUCUUUCGUGGACUAGAGUUCCGAUAACAACUGUUGGACCUACUAAGCGGGUCUAUAAUAAUAUUAGGUUUUCUGUCCGUCUCUGUUCCGUUUUAGUGCAGCACCAUUCUCUUCCAUAGGGCCCUGCUGUAUCCAGUCUCCAGGCUCUUAUAGGGAAUCAUGUCUCUGCGCACACUACCUCUUCUCUUCAUCAACCUUGGUGGAGAAAUGCUGUAUAUUCUGGAUCAGCGGCUGCGGGCUCAGAAUAUUCCCCCGGACAAAGCCAAAAAGGCUGGCUGGACAGAUCAGGACAGAAAACGAGUUAUGAAUGAUAUCAUCACCACGAUGUUCAACAAGAAGUUUAUGGAGGAGCUUUUUAAGCCACAAGAGCUGUAUUCUAAGAAAGCCCUGAGAACUGUCUUUGAUCGUUUAGCACAUGCUUCUAUCAUGAGACUGAACCAAGCAAGCAUGGAUAAGCUGUAUGACCUAAUGACCAUGGCCUUCAAGUACCAGGUUCUGUUAUGCCCUCGUCCCAGGGACAUCCUGCUUGUCACUUUUAACCAUAUGGAUGCUAUCAAGGACUUCAUCCGAGACUCACCAAGCAUCCUUAAUCAAGUUGAUGAGACGUUUCGGCAGCUUAUUGAUAUGUACACUUGUCUGCCAUCUGGAGAGUUCCAGCUUAUUAGGCAAACUCUUCUGAUCUUCUUCCAAGACAUGCAUAUAAGGGUUUCUAUAUUUUUGAAGGACAAAGUCCAGAAUUCUAAUGGACGCUUUGUACUUCCCACAUCUGGUCCUGUUCCUUGGGGAACUGAAGAGCCUGGUCUAAUUAGAAUAUUUAAUUACAAAGGUGAAGAAGUUAAGAGAGUGCAGUUUCAGAAUGGUGGAAGUUACAUAAGUCCUCUUCGAGAAGGAUCCUAUGACCUCUUUGGAGAUAGAGUUCUGAAGCUAGGAACCAACAUGUAUAGUGUUAGCCGCUCUGUGGAGACCCACAUGUCUGGAACACUGAAAAGUUCAGCAUCGCAUACAAAGGAAAAUGUUGCACCAAAUCCAUUAGCAAAGGAAGAAUUAAAUCUUUUAGCACAACUAAUGGGUGGAUUGGAACUGAAAAAAACAUCCGGUAGUGAUCACAGCUUUCGACUGAACUUGUUUAAUGAUGAUGAAGAAGAAGAGAAUGCAGCACUCUUACGACCAGAAGAGCUCUCCUAUAAAGUCAUCAGCAUUCAAGCAAAUGAAGAUCAAGAACGAAAUAAGGAACUUUCUCGGAUAAUGGGGGCGUUCCAGUCAGAGGAAUCAUGUGUUCAAAGUACCAGUAAGGGGGAUGAUCUGUUGGCCCUGAUGGAUGGACUGUGAAAAUGCAGUAGCAGAGCAACAGAAUAUAACAUCUGUGCAUAAUGUAUGAACAUGCUAAAUUCUUGAAGCAUUUUCUGUCUUUUCACAGGGACACUUCCAGAGUGUAUGUUAGUGAAAGCCAGUUUGUAGAUAGGAUCCUCAGAUGGUGAUCUUUUGUAUCUUCAGCCACAGAACUCAAACUCUUUAUGGCAAAUGUAAUAUCUAGAAAAUAUGACUAUACAUGCAUGGACUUGGGCACGUGCACAUUUUAAUAUUCACGUGUGUACAAAACUUUGAUAAAAUUAAUUUGUGUAAUAAAAGAGUACUGUAUUGACCUA